UCCGCCGUGCACUAGCAACCUAACAGACAGGGGAAAGUGGCAAACAAAUUGAUAGUUAAUGUUUGUAGGCGGAGCAUAUCGCCGAACGUGGGGUGGGGGUUAUGAGAUGGAUAAAUUGGAUCAAUGACCGCGACAUCAAACACACCAGACGAGUCAGCUCAUUACUGUCAUUUUCUGGAGCGAUGCCCCUUUGCAACGAACGCGAGGCGCUGCACGUUGAAAUGCCGGAGGCUGAAGCGGAGCGCGAUAAGUCCGUGCUUAUACUCAUCAAUCACUGCAAAGAGAUGAGACGCCAGGAGCGCAACUCGCGGAUUGUCACGGGGCUCCUACUCCUGGGAGUCGCGGCGCUUUUCAUCUUCUUCCAAACUCGGAAAGACAGCUCUUCAGACCGUGAGCACGCCGCUAAGUAUGAGGACCCAAUCGCCUACCAACCCGGAGCCAAUCCAAGUGCUCACCUCACAGCCCCGUCCCAAUACCCGUGCAAGUCUGACUACCUUGCGUGGGAAGCCAAGAAUGGAGAGGCACACCUCCACAACUUUGUUUAUGCCAACAACAGCCUCAUCGUUUCCCAGGCGGGCCGCUACCACGUGUAUCUGCAGAUCACCUACAGGAUGAUCGAGAGCAAGGCCUGCAAGCCUGGAUCUAUGCUGCUGCUGCAUCAGGCUGUGUAUCGGAAGUCGGAAAGUUACCCCAAGGACAUCACUAUCAUGGAGACCUCGGACUCUGUAAACUGCAACGAGCAUAAAUGGUGGAAGUCCGUCUUUUCGUCAGCCGUGUUCCUGCUGGAGAAGGACGAUCAGCUGAAGGUGAAGGCCGAACAUCCUGACAUGAUUCAUUGGCAAGAGACAAACGUGUUUUUUGGGGCUUAUCUCAUUUAGGGAG